AGGUGAAACAAAAUCAGCAAAUGUGUGCGUUAGAGAAGGUAUGGUAUUGGAAUGCCAGGAAGAUGAAAUAAUUCGAAUUCUUAGUGCUACAUAUUGGUACUCAGCGAAUCAGACUAAAUCGAUAGUAAAGCAAUGUGAGAAACAUCCAAACGACACAUGCUUCAGGGAAGACCCAGAUUCCUUCAUUACAGAGUGUGCUGGGAAGCAGGUUUGUGAAACGCACAUUGACAACAAGGUACUGUUUGACUGUGACAAGAAGGCCAACUAUGUGGAGGUGAAAUAUACGUGUGAUCAAAAGACGCAUCUAAUAGAUUUAUGUAGUAAGGUGACACGAACGAUCCUGGGAGAGGGCAUCAUUGAAAGCCCCAACAACCCCUACUCCAUACCUCCUGCCGCCGAAGAAUGCUUUUGUGUUAUCAACAUUAACAGCGUGCUGGAGGGAGACGGACGUCUUUUGUUUAGCCUUGUUGGAACUCAUCUUAUGGGAGACCAAGAGAGAUGUCUACAGUAUUUGAAGGUUGGAGACAAGAAGCGUCAUAAGGAGUUAUGUGGAACUAUGGAUAGCGAUAUACCUUUCCAGCAGUUUUUUUCAACAAAGGAACAAAUCAUUCAAGUCUCGUUCAGGAACAACUAUCCCAAAAACCACGGAUCGUUUAGGUUACUGUUCCAAGCUGAAUCGAGCGAUGGUAACGCCUUGGACACCCCUAUACACGUAUCGUGUAAUGCAGAUAUGGACACGACCAUCUUACCAAUUGACUAUGUGCCCACUACAACACCUUCACAUGCGACAACCACAGCAACUCCCGUGGCACCCACAGUCGCUCCAGUAACAACAAAUGCAGGUCAAACGGGUGUUUCAAGUCAAAGCACAACGAAGCCGAACUCCCCAUCUGUUGCUAGGAACGAUGUUCCAUCUGGCUUGUAUAAACCAGGUCAGGUUGCUGGGAUCGUGAUAGGGGUGCUGUUAGUUGUAGGAUUAAUAGCUGGCGCUGUUUAUUACUUUAAAAGAAGGCCUGGUGGUAAUGUUUAUAUCCACAAAUUCCCAUAAACACCUGUUGCAUUCACAAAUGUAUACGAGCUUGCACACAGCAAACAAAAUGAACGUUGUCCAGUGCAAUAUGAUAAUGCAAUAGCCUAUGCAAGAUGUGAUUGUGAAGGACUGUAGUCUAGUAUGAAAUAUGAAGAUCAUCAUGAAAUGCCACAUCUAAACAUCUCUGAAUGUUAAAUUCAAAGCUUCCCACAUCGACUUGCACAUACAAUCAGCUUGCACUUGCAAUUGAGUAUUCCAUUUGUUUUGUAUUCCAAAGUCACUUAAGGCAAUUACUUGAAUAAAGAUAACAAUACUUUCCAAAUGGUUGUAUGGGUACGUUUCCACAUUUUUGUUAUUUCCUAUUUUCCCACGUUCAAUUUUUAGUUUCUCACGUGAUUGACAACCUAG